AUGUUAACUGGCGUUUAUGCUACCCCUUGUAACACUUCUAGAAGCAAUUUGUGGGGCUACUUGGAUGGCCUGGCUAAUCGUGUUAAGCUUCCUGGGAUGAUUGUGGGAGAUUUUAAUGAAUUGUUAUCCUAUUCUGAUAAGAUUGGUGGUUCUCCGCACUACAUGUUUGGUGGUAUGCAAGAUUGGGUGUGUAGGAAUGGUCUUAUUGAUAUGGGAUAUCAGGGUGCUGAUUAUACUUGGAAAAAUAAUUCUGUUAAAGAAAGACUUGAUAGAGGCUUCUGCUCCCGUGACUGGAGACUGCUCUUUCCUGAUGCUUGUAUUAUGCAUUUGGCUAGAAUGAAAUCUGAUCACUGCCCUAUCCUUGUCAAACUCAACCACAGUAGCAGGGUUAUUAGAAGGAAUUCUCCCUUUAGGUUUCAUGCCAUGUGGAUGCAGCAUGAUAGUUAUCUGGAUAUGGUCAAUGGAACUUGGACCAAUUGUCCUGGAGACUUGCAGGCCAAAACUACUACUCUUGCCAAAUCUCUACGCAUUUGGAAUAAAGAAGUGUUUGGCAAUAUAUUCAAACAGAAGAGGAUUCUUUUAGCUAGAAUUUGUGGAAUCCAAAGGUGCUUGGGAAGACAAAAUAUUCCUUUUCUUGUGAACCUUGAGAAGGAGCUGAUUUCCCAAUAUGAGCAAAUUAGAGAUGCUGAAGCCCUUUUUUGGAGACAAAAGUCUAGAGAUAAGUGGCUUUGUGAGGGGGACAGAAAUACAAAUUUUUUUCACUUAACUACAAUGAUAAGGAGGAGAAGGAACAAGAUUGAUGGUCUUUUUGAUGCUUCUGGAACUUGGACAGACAACCCUUCUGUUUUGAAGCAAAUUGCUGCAGAUAUUUUCCAGAACUUAUUUACCACUGAAGUUGAUCAUGACUUGAGAUUUCACAUUCCAUGGUUGUUCCCUGAUAUCGAUACUAACAAUCUUUAA